AUGGCAGUAGGAAAAGCAAAGGGUCCUAGUGUUACUGAAAAUAUGGUUAAUCAAGGGAACAUUAUUCUCCUUGGAGAAACCAAUGGGGCUAAUAAUUCUAACAUUACUUAUAAGGUGUCGGUUGAUCGGGGUUGUAUGUUUCAGGUGGCUGUCAGUAAGUCACAGAAAAAGAAGAUGAGGCAAAAAUCCAAAUCUAGUGCGGGCUACUAUACUAGAUCUAAAUUUGGUUUUUCUGCUGUUUAUGCUUCUAAUUGCAACAUUACUAGACGUUCUUUAUGGUGUGAUCUCUCUCUUAUUCAUAAGAAUCAUCUAGAUGUUCCUUGGAGCUUUAUCGGGGAUUUUAACUCCAUUUUUGGAGCGCAUGAGCAUAGGGGUAGACAUAGUCCUAACAAGUCUCAUAUGAUUGAUUUUAAGUUUUGGACUGAUCAUAACAACUUACUGGAGAUUCUCACCAAGGGUGCUUUCUUUACUUGGUCCAAUGGUCGUGGGAUUAACUCAGUGGAAAGGAAGCUUGAUAGAGCUUUUUGUAAUAACAAUUGGAUAAAUUCUUAUAUUACUAUGUCGAUAUCUUCUCUGCCUAAACUCAAGUCUGAUCAUCACCCUAUUCUUCUUUAUUUUUCUUUCUCUUCUCAAAGAAGAGCCUCUCGAUUCAAGUUUCUUGCAAUGUGGACUCUUGAUUAUAGUUGUAAAACUCUAAUCUCCACCGUUUGGGCCUCUUCGGUUGUUGGUUGUCCCAUGUUUAUUCUUGCUAAAAAGCUUAAGCUCUUGAAGACUUCCCUUAAAGCUUGGAACAAGGACGUCUUUGGGAAUAUUCACUUUUUGGUCCUUGAGGCUACAGAUGAUCUUUCCUCCAUCCAAGGUCAAAUAAACUUAGAGGGCGCUUCUAUCAUCCUUAAAGGUCGAGAGAAAGCUGCCCAAAAUCGUUUUGGAAGGAUGGUAAAGAUUAAAAGAUCUAGGAACUCUCUUCCAUUUUUUAGAGAUGGCAAUUUUGUUAUUCAAGAUCCAGAUGUGGUGGCUAAUCAUGUGGUAAAUCAUUUUUCUAAACUUUUCUGUUUUAGAGAUCAAUCUCUUGAGCUUAGCAUGAGUGACAAGGUCAUCCCCACCUUAAUUGACUCGAGUAUGAACAAUCUCCUCAACAUGCUUCCUUCCUAUGAAGAGAUUAUCAAUGUUGUUUUCUCUCUUAACAAAUAUAGUGUGUCGGGCCCUAACAGUUUUAGGGGAAUCUUCUUUCAUUCAUACUGGAGUAUUAUUAAGGUCGAUGUUUAUAAUGAUGUGUUACAACUUUUUAGAACAGGGUGGUUGUUGCCAAAUUUCAAUGCUUAUUCGGUUAUUAUCAUUCCCAAAGUCAAGGAUGCAGACUCCAUAGAUAAAUGUUGGCCCCUUGCGAAUUUCAAGUUUAAGAUUAUUUCCAAGAUUCUAGCUGAUAGACUUGCCUCUCUCGUGCCUUCUCUUAUUUCUAAGGAGCAACAUGGUUUUAUCCAUGGGCGUAGCAUCAGAGAUUGCACUUGUCUAACUUCAGAGGUAGUGAAUGUUUUGGAGAAUAAGAAUCAUGGUGGAAACUUAGCUCUUAAAAUUGAUAUUUCCAGGGCCUUCGAGUUAAGCUGGGAAUUUUUGUUACAAGUGCUCGUGUAA